AACAGUGGAGUGCCUAACGGAAAGUAUGAGUCCCACCCACCCGAUUUAAAUAUUACAUGCGUGUCACACGAACGCAGAACAGAGGUACACUGUACCUAGGAAGUGACGGACAGCCCAGCCCGUCGCUUAUUCUACACAACAAUGAGCUAUCCAGGCUACCCUCCCCAGGCCGGCUAUCCUUCCCAGGCUGGUGGAUACCCACCUCAGCCAGGGGCAUACCCUCCCGCAGCUGGUGGUUACCCUCCCCAACCUGGAAUGUACCCCCCGCAGGCGGGUGGAUAUCCUCCCCAACCUGGUGCUUACCCUGGUCAGCCAGGUGCAGGUGCUUACCCUGGUCAGCCAGGUGCAGGUGCCUACCCUGGUCAGCCAGGGCCCUAUCCUACUUUGCCGUCAGGGGGUUGGGGUGCUCCCGGUACACCAGGAAUGCCUUCUAUUGGUUUGAAUAAUUUGCCGAAUCCUGGAUUCAAUGCCAGCAAUCUCCAAGGAAUGGCAAAUCAGAUCGCCACCUCUGGUGGAUUUGCUCCAAAUCCUGCCAUGUUUCCUCAAGGGCCUGGUGGCUAUCCCUCCCCCCAACACGGGGGUCCACCUGCCCCCUCCCCUAACCAGCCCUAUGGCAUGUACCCUCAGCCAGGAGGUGGCAUGCCCCAAAACCCAGGAAUGGGCUACCCCGGAGGUCCAGCGCCGGGCCAGCAGAUGCCAGGUUACCCAAAUGCGCCUUCACCCAAUCCGUCCAUGCCUAGCUAUCCCAGCAACCCCUCACCCAACCCGUCCAUGCCAGCGUACGGAGGAGGCACCCCGGCCAUUCCAGCUAUCAAUCGUGGAUUCAGAGGAACCAUCCCAGACUUUCCCGGUGCUGACCCUUUAAAAGAAGCAGAUGUGCUCAGGAAAGCCAUGAAGGGCUUUGGCACGGAUGAACAAGCCAUCAUUAAUUUGCUGGGAAGUCGCUCAAACAAGCAGCGUGUGCCACUAUUGAGAUCAUACAAGACUGCUUAUGGAAAGGACUUGAUUAAGGAUCUGAAGUCUGAGCUUUCAGGAAACUUUGAGAAGGUGGUGCUGGCCAUGUUGAUGACUCCAGUACAGCUUGAUGCGUAUGAGCUCAAAGAAGCCAUCAAGGGGGCAGGAACAGACGAGGCCUGUCUAAUUGAAAUCUUGUCCUCCCGCUCUAAUGCAGAGAUCCGAGAAAUCAAUCAAAUCUACAAAACUGAGUAUAAGAAAACACUAGAGGACUCCAUCAUUGGAGACACAUCUGGACACUUCCGAAGACUCCUGGUCGCUCUUGCUCAGGGUAACCGAGAUGAGCGUGAGACUGUGGAUAUAUCAGUAGCCAAACAGGAUGCCCAGAAUCUGUAUCAAGCCGGGGAAAAUAAACUCGGCACAGAUGAGUCCCAGUUCAAUGCCAUCCUGUGUGCUCGGAGCAAAGCUCACCUGAGAGCAGUGUUUAAUGAGUACCAGCACAUGUGUGGUAGAGACAUUGAGAAGAGCAUUGACAGGGAAAUGUCUGGAGAUCUCGAGAGUGGCAUGGUGGCCGUCGUGAAAUGCAUUAAGAACACACCAGCCUACUUCGCCGAGAGACUCUACAAGGCCAUGAGGGGGGCGGGAACAAAGGAUCGAACUCUAAUCCGCAUCAUGGUAAGCCGCUCUGAGGUUGACAUGCUGGACAUUCGUCAGGAAUACAUGAAGAAUUAUGGGAAAUCUCUCUAUACAGCCAUAUCUGGAGACACCUCAGGAGACUAUAAAAAGACAUUGCUGAAGCUGUGCGGUGGAAGCGAUUGAACGCCUGCAGAUCUUUAUAGGCCACAGAGGACAUGAAGCCACACCACGAUGUAUACACAUCUUAAACAUUACUUUAAUUUGCAAUCUAUUAUGUUCUUGCAUGUUUUACCUACUCAGCUUAUCUGCUGAUAUGCUGCACGUUACAUUUCAUGCUGUUUUAUUACUAUAUUUUUAGUUCAACAGUAGCAUAUCUCUUUAUGUACCUUCUAUGCUGAAAACAGUGGCUUAGCCAAUUAUUGAAAUACAGACAAAUGACAUAUAUAUUUUAUAUAUUAUCUUCCAGGUAUAUUUUCUUUGCAAGAUACUAAUGGCAAGACUAAUUCUGUUUUUAUUAUUGUGUACCCAUCUGAAUACCAAAUACCAAGUUAUUACAAUUUACUAUUAUGUUGAGUAAUUUACAGACAGGGGAAAAUGUGCCAUAUAUUUUAGGUUUAGUUGUCAUGUUAAACAGAAAAAUGUGCAUUAAUUUGUUUGUUUCAUAUUAAGAAAGCUAUAUAUACUGUAUGUAAGGCUUUUAUUCAGCAAUACACUUUUCAUUUUGCUACAAUUGUUAUGAUUGUUAACCAGCUGUUUAUUAAGGCAAAAAAGAAAGAAGUCAUGAUGG